CUUUCAGAGCUACAACUUCCGGUUUCUGGCAAGACUUGUUUCAUUGUGUGUAUGUUGUUGAAAUGGCCUCGUAGUUUGUAGCGCGUCAAAUCUGCAGUUUCGGCGCGGACACGGUCGGUUCUCCUGCGUCGGAUGUGACAGUUCGGCUGCUCCAGUGAAGUCUUCAGCGAAUCGGAUCCGAAGCGUCGCGGAGAUUCUCGUUCUGGACGCUUCGCUCGGCGAGCCGUUCGUUCAUCCGUGGCGCGAGCUCGGCUCUUCGGAACGCAUCGAGUUUGGCUUUCAGCUGCGUUAAACCCGACCGCCUCUCCCUGGAAGUGCCCGUUAUGAACGGGUUCAGCACGGAAGAGGACAGCCACGACGCGCCGCCCGCGCCGCCCUUCUUCGGCCAGAGCUGCUGUCUGAUCGAGGACGGGGAGCGCUGCGGCCGCGCGGCGGGGAACGCGUCCUUCAGCAAGCGCAUCCAGAAGAGCAUCAGCCAGAGGAAGCUCAAGCUGGACAUCGACAAGAGCGUUCGGCAUUUGUACAUCUGUGAUUUCCACAAGAACUUCAUCCAGAGUGUUCGCAACAAGCGCAAGAGGAAGACCAGCGAUGAUGGAGGAGAGUCGCCCGAGCACGAUGCUGAGGUGCCGGAGGUAAACCAGGAUUCAUCUCUAUCAUGCUGCUGCAGCAUCAGCGCCAGGUUUGUGUCACAGCUGUUAUCGAGACCAUACAAAAUAUUACAUUAUUUGGUUAUGU